AUGACGAUCGAAGAAGAAACGAAGUCGACAAAUCAGCAGCGUCUCCUCUCACGAAUUAGGCAUUCACCGGUGUGGAAAGAUUCCACAAAUAUCCUUCUUCUGGUUUUUCUCUACAUGCUGCAGGGUAUUCCCUUGGGUCUUUCAUCGGUUGUUCCACUUUUACUACAAUCCAACAAGAAAACUGCUAGUUAUCGAGAUGUAGGCAUCUUUUCAUGGGUUAAUUGGACAUUUUCACUCAAACUCAUCUGGGCACCCUUCGUGGACACUUUCUAUUUCAAGCGAAUCGGUCGACGAAAGUCCUGGCUCAUUCCUGUACAAUUAGCUAUUGGUGGUAUUUGCUUCAUUAUCGGAGGUCAGGUUGACCGCUGGUUAGGUCGGCCUGUGGGUGAUGCUUGGGGACCCCUGGGAACCACUGGUGAUGUCCAAAUUUUUGCCCUCACUGCUGCAUUUUUCAGUCUAAAUUUCCUCGCUGCCACUCAAGAUAUCGUAGUGGAUGGUUGGGCCAUAUCUAUGCUAUCCAAGGAGAAUCUUGGCUGGGCCCCAACUUGUCAAACCAUUGGACAAACCAUUGGGUCAUUACUUGGAUUCACACUUUUUAUGGUUUUUGAGUCCCCUGACAUGUGCAACGACUACUUUCGUUCUUCCCCUAUUCCUGGAAAAGGAUUCAUCAGCUUCUCUGGUUUUCUUUACGCCUGUGGAGUGCUUUUUAUUAGUUCAACAAUUCUGAUUGGUUUGUUUAAGAGAGAACUUGAAAAUUCCAAUCAUGAGACGUCCUCACAAGUUGUUGAUGUAACUGUGAAUGAAAAUGAUGGCAAUGAAGAAGCCUCGCGUGAUCCAGUUGGUUCCGAGGAGCUGGAAUUACCAUCAAACAAAGAAAAUGAGAUGUUAGAAGCGAAGAACGAAAAUCAGACCACCAUGUUGAGGUGUAAAUUCUUCUCUCGAGCUUACAUAUCAAUGAUCCGAAUGUUGUUGCUGAAGCCAGUUCUUGUAUAUGUUGCAUUCAUCUUUUCACGAAACGUCAUUUUCCUAGCAAGUGACUCUGUCUCCGGUUUAAAGCUAAUCGAAAAUGGGCUCUCGAAGGAAACGAUGGCUCUCAUUAACGCAAUUUUGAUACCUUACGACAUUGUACUCCCACUUCUUGUCGUUCGAUGCAGCAGUGGUCCUCGACCAAUCAGCACUAUGCUCAAAUUCUCCAUUCCAUUGUCAGUUUCUUUUUCAUUCUUCCUGUCUUUUACAUCAAUACCACUUGUCUACUACGUUGAUUUCUUUAAAACGGAGACACCGAUUAACUCAACAAUCGUUAAUGGAAAUAGCAGCAGUAUAAUCCAAGGUACCAAGGUAUCCAUGUCCCCUUACAUCUACAUAAUCCUCACAUUACGAGGUAUUGUUUCUGGUGUAUUCGGAUCAAUCAUACAUUUGAGUCAGGGGACCUUUCAUGCUCGAAUUGCUGAUCCAUCACUCGGGGGUACUUAUAUGACUUUACUGAACACACUUUGCAACUUAUCCGUUUCCCUACCCAAUACCAUCCUACUAUUCUUCAUCGAUCCAUUGACGUGGCGUACAUGUGAAAAUGCAUCGGUGGAGAAGGCCAUCAGCGUCCUUAAUAGCACCUCAACUAAUCGCACUGAGUUGGUAGAAUUCGCGGAGAACUUCUUGUCAACUAAUGCCACGUGUGUGGACUAUGAAGGCAAGGAGGCCUGCAAAUUAGCCGGUGGUGCCUGUCGAACAAUCGUGGAUGGCUACUACUUGAUGUCUGGUGUGGGUUUCGUGUGUGGCAUUGUCGGCUUCUACUUCCUGCAUAAAAUGUCCAAGUACUUAGAUGGAAAGACUGUGGAGGAAUACAGAGUGCACGAAAAGUCCGAAUCACCUGAAAGGGCAGAAAGUUCUGGAGUUUCUUAA